AUGGCGGUUCCACACGCGCUCCCAGCAGCGCUGGGCGCGAUUGCCAUCCUUCCAACUACGGCAAUCCUGGUGAUUCACAUCGUUCUGGCCCAAUCAUUAACAGAUUCCACAUCUCCGGUCAGGAUAACAGCUAUCGUCGCCGGAACUCUCGAGGCCGUGGCACUUGUUGCUGUUUCCUGUCUGUCUUACUCACAUAUCGCGUCGCGGCCCCGGAUUCCUCAACUGAGGAAACUCAGUGGCAUCUGGUUUGGAGCGGCACUAUUUCUCUGUGUUGUCGCCGCCGCCGUGUCCGUGGCCGCUAUGAUUUGCCUUGGCAGCGCCGAUCUACCCAACACAAUACUGGGCUCUCAGGCGACAAAGUUCUUGAUCGGUGCUUCAGUGACGCUUGGGCUCGCGUUUGCUGCCCAGCUUGUUUUCUUGGUCUUCCACUUUGUCGCAAGCCGGAUAGAGGGCAACAACGGCGGCGUAGCGCUCCAGGUCGAGGAGGACCGUAACCGAUCGCACGAGCGCAUCAAGGCCAUCGCCUACCACCACACGAGUGCGCCAGCAACAAAAACCAGCAGCACUAUGUCGGUCGACUCGCGCACCCCGCCAGGAUCCAGCAGCGGACGGUCAGCCACCGAAACUAUGAGCUCGAUUCGAUCAUCGCUAUCCCACGUCGUGCGGCCCAUAUCGUCCAAGACGCGUCUGUUGUCUGGAAGUCAGCGGUCAUCUCGUCGACCUGCCUCGCUCGAAGUGGCUUCUCUUCACGAUCACAGGCCGCGGUCCAACGGGGAUGGGUUCGAUUCUUGGGACACUUCAAAUGUCGACCCACAGAACCGACAGACUGUUCUGGAGACAUCAUCGCCGCCGCUGCCCCGAUUCCUAGAAACUAUCCCCGCCAGUCCGACCACAAGCAGAAGUCCAAGUCCCGGCACACCUCUCGACCUGGAGCCGCCGCGGUCAAGACGGAGGAGCCGAAGCUACAGCCCUGCCUCAACAAAUUCCCAGCAGACGCUGCGGCCAACGUUGACGCAACACUCAUCGCAUAGUGAAUCUCACAUUCACCCUCUCUUCCGCUCCGACUCGCCUGCGCCACCGGCCAUCACGACACCAGGGACUGUGGUCCUGGCGGCGCCAAAUGCGGGCCAAAUAACAGACAGGCAAAGCAUACGGAGCAUUCGCAGUCUCACGCGCAUGCGCAGCGGGAGUCUCCCGGCUCACCCGAGCCCUCUAAGCACUCUAAGCAGGCAGGGGUCGCUCGAUUCUUUCCAUCAGAGAACGGAGAGCAGCUCACCCGAGAUUCGCGAGGAGGACGAGACGGCAGCCAAUGAGUCUGAGAGGAAAAUGACGCCCCCGAUUCCCGACUGGAUUUUGAGCGCUGGUUGCCGGACUAGUCUUUCUGGCUACAAUAGCCGAAAGCUUAAGACGCCGGGCGAUGGAGACGCUUCGCCAGUGACCGAGGUGUGA